AUGGCCCCAAAAAUGUUGAAACGGCCUAAAAACGGCCUUCCAACGUGUAGGAAACGCGGCCUGAAACGGCCAAUGACAGACGGGCGCCUAUUUAAUUUUCGCGAACGGCCUGUCAAACGGCUGUCAACAGGCCGUGCGUUGGAAGCCAGGGAUCAACUUUCCGACAUAACAGUAGGUCAAGUAACGUUAUCUCUUUUGCCCUGGUCCCCCCAAGAUAAGCUUAUGCCCCACACCUACCCCGAGUACCAUGAUACCCGCUCGGAGACAGAUGCUCCCCACAUCCACAGUGUCGGAGCGAGGGAUAUGUUUUUGGGCGUCUACUUCGGCAAACCUGCACGCGUCUGA